UAACUUACUGCAUGAUUUUUUUGCUCAAUUCUAGGUAUUCCUGCUCAUUAGUCGGCGAUUUUAUAAACAAGUAGUGGGUAAUUUUUUCAGUUAGGGUUUGCGGGACUUUUAAAUGGACCAGAGACUGGGCAGAGUGGAAGUGUCGAGUGAGUCCAUAGCAGAUGACCACCAGGCCACUCCCUAUCCGCACAAUUAUAUCUAUUCUUCCUCCUACUCUUCCUCAGACCACAGCUCCGAUCCCUCGUAUGUUCCGAGUACCAGUGGAAGUAGCAGUAGUAGGGCACAGGAUAGCAGGUCAGAAUCUAUGUCUGAAAACGAGAAGCUCACAGACCUCUCGCUUGAAUCGGACAGUGGUCAAAAGCUGACGAUGAGUUCGGACUCUUUUUCGAUGCAGAAACGAGACGCAAGCACGAAUACAAGUCAAGAGAUGGAUAGGAAUAAUAACUUAAUUGAAUCAAAAGCAAAAGUCACAAGAGUACGUUUUAUUGAAGGAGAAAUCAGUUCAUCGAAUGAAGAAAAGUUAGCUGAUGAAUCACGUACCGAGGAAAAAUCAAGUGGAGAUGAAAAUCCGUCCAGAGUUUACGUCGACAAUGCUUUCAACCGCAAAAUAGGCCGGGUAGGGUUGCCGUAUGGAUCAAAGGUUGUUAGAAGAAGCGAUAGUUUUUCAAGUGAUGUUUCAAAAAGUGACCAUAGCAUGAAUGAGAAAUCGACGUAUGUGAAGUAUUAUGUGGACAAUGAGAAAAACAGGCUACUAUGUCGAGUCGGGUUGCCCUACGUCCCGUUCGCGCCCAAAUCGUCGUCUAACCAAGUGCCAAAUCUAUCCCAAAUUGGAUUUCGGAAGCUACGCAGAUCCAAAAAUGAUUAUGUAGGUGAGGUUGAUUCUGGAUUCAUCGAAAAGUCAUAUUCGAGUGUUUUAAAUCAGAGCACACAAACUAAUUCGUCUUUCUAUGGCGAUGUUCUUAAUUUUAAUAAAGAAAAAGGCAAAAAAGCUCAAGCAGUGGAUGCAGUAGCAACGCAAACAGAAGUGAACAGUUUUAGCGACGCAAAUGUCAAGUUUGGUUACUGGAAACAAGAACAUGCAACUGAAUUAGAGGAAGGUUGUACACGAAAUCAUCAAAAGGAGGGUGAAAAAUUGUUUCAAAGUAUUUUGCAAUCGAUAAUAUCAAAUGGAGAUGAUGAUGAGUAUUAUGACCUGUGGGGGACGAAACAUGGUAGAAAUGGAGGCGGAGACAGUCUAAAUGAUACCUAUGUAGUGUCUGCGACUGUGUGUGAGAAAAUGAAGCCAAGUUCAGCUACAGCAGCUAACUCGGUGAAGCUAACGCUGUCAGAGUCAGUGGCUGUUGAGAUUUUUGAAGAGGAGCAUGUUCAUUCAAAAAACGAACAGUGUGAGGGCACUGGAUCAACUGAAUGGAAAGAAGAGUUGCCGCGAAUCUGUAAUAGCUACAAAAACCCUUCGGACUGGAACAGGACUAGGAACUUCGACAGUGAAAACCGCGAAGAGUACUUCAAAUCACUCUUCCGGGACAGCAAGUUCGUCCUGAUCGACUCAUCUCGCAUCCAGCUGGGAGAAGUGAUUGGCUCAGGGGGCUUCGCAGAAGUGCGUAGGGGCAAAUGGAACCCGGAGAGGAAGCCAGUUGCGGUGAAAAGUAUGGACUCAGCUGUCAUUGCUCACAGUAAAUUGGAUUUGUUCAUACGCGAAGUGGGGCUUCUGUGCAACCUCCAUCAUGAAAAUGUAGUCCAGUUCUACGGCGCCUGCAUGGAAAGACAGAAAUACUGGAUUGUGAUGGAGCUCAUGGAAACGAGUCUGUUCGAGACCUUGCAUGUUCAGGAUGAAAUGGUCCAAUUUUCAGAAGCGGAGCGUGUUAAUAUAAUCAAGCAGAUAGUGAAUGGGUUGCAUUACUUGCAUUCGAACAAAACAGCUCACUGUGAUCUGAAAACGAGCAACGUGUUGUUGAACGGAGUGAAGACUGAUCGAAGGAGAAUAUGUGCCAAAUUGACAGAUUUUGGGCUGAGUUUAAUGAGAAGAGAAGGUGAAACUUCAGCGGACGCUUCUGACUAUAUCAAGUAUUUCGGAACUCCAUUUUACUCGGCCCCGGAGGUACUAAGAGGUGAACUCCUCAAUUACGCUAUGUCUAAACGAGCCGAUAUAUUUUCGGUGUCCUUGGUUAUUUACGAAAUUGUUUUCGCAAAAAUGGCCUUUUCACAUUUAAAUUUGAGGCAGAUGCAAAGGCAGGUUGGAGAUUUGGGCAUGCAGCCGUUUGUCCCCAGUGACGCGAAGUUGACCCGAAAUUUGAAGGAUAUAUUUGAAAAAUGCUGGAACAUGAAAGCUGAAAGUCGACCAAAUGCACAACAGUUGAAAACCAUGGUUGAAUCCAUGAAUAGAUUGUUUGUUGUCGAUUAUUCAGACUGCCUUUGAAGGAAGCGAACUUAUGACUUUGAAACUGAGUUCUUGUUUAUUGAUGCAAAUUGAUCUAUCGUGAAUUGUUUUUAAAUAUGAACAUAUGCCUGUUUUAUUGAAAUUUCUAUGAAUUAAAGUAA